AGAUGCGCGCAGGUCCAGGGCUAAUGAUAUUUUCCGGUGCCCAGCAGCGAGAUAGCUGGGUUUCAGGUGCUGGCGGCGACUAAGAGCGAGAUAAGCAUUUCGCUAUAAAUACCGGGGCAUGUUGCCGCCGGGCAUUGCAGAGCCGACAACUAGCAAACCACCCACUAGCACACAUCUUUUUUCUGAUUCCCUAUAACCAUGUCGAACGUUACAUCCGCUGCCAUUGUCGAGGCUGAGGAGCGCCGCUUCCAGGAGCAGGUCGCGCAGGUCAAGGAGUGGUGGAACUCGCCCCGCUUCCGCGGCAUCACCCGGCCGUACACCGCCGAGAGCAUCGUCUCGAAGCGCGGGUCCAUCCAGCCCACCUACCCGUCAAACGACCAGGCCAAGAAGGUGUUUGCGCUGUUUGAGAAGCGCUUCGCCGAGCGCACGCCGUCGCACACAUUCGGAUGCCUGGACCCAAUCCAGGUGGCACAGAUGGCCAAGUACCUCGAGACCGUCUACGUGUCUGGCUGGCAGUCGUCGUCGACGGCCAGCAGCAGCAACGAGCCGGGACCGGAUCUCGCCGACUACCCGAUGGACACGCUGCCCAACAAGGUCGACCAGCUGUUCAAGGCGCAGCUGUUCCACGACCGCAAGCAGAACGAGGAGCGCAUGGCGCUGCCCAUCAGCGAGCGCGCCAAGCUGCCGUUUGUCGACUUCCUGCGGCCCAUCAUUGCCGACGCCGACACCGGGCACGGCGGCAUCACCGCCAACAUGAAGCUGGCCAAGAUGUUCGUCGAGGCCGGUGCGGCCGGAAUCCACAUCGAAGACCAGGCUGCGGGCACCAAGAAGUGCGGGCACAUGGCCGGCAAGGUGCUGGUCCCGGUAUCCGAGCACAUCAACCGCCUGGUGGCCAUCCGCGCGCAGUUCGACAUCAUGGGCACCGAGACGCUGCUGAUUGCGCGUACCGAUGCUGAGGCAGCGACUCUGCUGACCAGCAACAUUGAUCCGCGCGAUCACCCGUUCAUCCUCGGAUCGACCAACCCGAGCCUGCCGCCGCUGGCCACCGCCAUGAACCAGGCGCAGGCCCGCGGGCUGACGGGCGCCGACCUGGAGCGCAUCGAGAAGGAGUGGAGCGACAAGGCGGGCAUCAAGUCGUUCUCGGAGGCCGUGGCCGACUGGGCCAAGCAGCAGGGGGCGUCGGCCGCUGCCAUCGCCGAGUUUGUGGCCAAGGCCAACAAGCUGUCCAACAUUGAGGCCCGUGCGCUGUCCAUCAAGACCUUUGGCGGCAAGGCCUCCGAGAUCUUCUGGGACUGGGACGCCCCGCGCCCGCGCGAGGGCUACUACCGCUACCGCGGCGGCACCCCCGCCUGCAUCAUGCGCGCCAUUGCCUACUCGCCCUACAGCGACCUGCUGUGGAUGGAGACCGCCAAGCCGAUCCUGAAGCAGGCCGAGGAGUUCGCCACCGGCGUCCGCGCCGCGUACCCCGAGCAGUGGCUCGCCUACAACCUGUCGCCGUCCUUCAACUGGGACGCCGCCGGUCUCACCGACGCCGACAUGGAGUCGUAUGUGCCUAGCCUCGGGAAGCUCGGCUUCGUCUGGCAGUUCAUCACCCUUGGCGGCUUCCACGCCACCGGUCUGUCGGUUGAUGUCUUUGCCCGCAGCUACGCCAAGCGCGGCAUGUACGCCUAUGUUGACGGCAUCCAGCGUGCUGAGCGCGCCAACGGUGUCGAGACCCUGGCCCACCAGAAGUGGUCGGGUGCCCACUACGUCGACGGGCUCAUGUCCAUUGCCUCCGGCGGUGUCUCGGCCACCUCCGCCAUGGGCGCUGGUGUCACCGAGGCCCAGUUCAAGUAAACGGGCUUAUCGCUGUAAUGUGUCUUCCAUUAAUGUAUCCAUUUUCCUCUCAUCUCACCACCUGGCGCCAGUGAUGAGGUCACUGGACAUG